GUUAACGCGGGACACCACUCCAUUCUGGACAAAAGCGAUAGCAUCUGAAAAAUACCGAAUACGAUGCAGCUCACUCUUUUUUCUGAAUUCUCUUGUUUCUCUCUAAGAAUUGGAUUCGAUUCUCUGGUCCAAUAUCUUGGUCAAAUUUGCUGUUACUAAAAAUAAAUAUCAUAUAAUGCUCAAAACCAUACAGAUCUUGGGCUCUUCAUCUGGGUUGGUCAAGCCCCAAACUACUAGUUGUUGUAGACUCUCCUUCAUUUCUUCCAUCUCCACCAAACCUUUCUCUUCUUGUUCAAGACCAACCAAUUUGCUAUUUCCGGGGCCCUCAGCUCGCCGGACUCGUUUCGGAGCUUUCAGCAUGUCCUCGGCUCAUUCCGGGUCUAACCCAGCUGCCCCUUCUUCUUCUUCUUCUUCAUCGUCAACUGUGGUUCAGUCAGUUGGCAAUGCUCGUAAGAUCAAUUUCUGCCAGUGGUGCGGUGGUCCAACAAAGCAUGAGGUACCUGAUGGAGAGGAGAAAAUAAGAGCUAUUUGCACCGUUUGUGACAGGAUUGCCUAUGAGAACCCGAAAAUGGUUGUGGGAUGUUUGAUUGAGCAUGAUAACAUGGUUCUACUUUGCAAGAGGAACAUUCAACCAUCAUAUGGUCUCUGGACUCUUCCAGCAGGUUACCUAGAAAUUGGGGAAUCAGCUGCAGAAGGAGCAAUAAGGGAAACCUGGGAAGAAGCAUGUGCAGAAGUUGAAAUUGUAUCACCUUUUGCUCAGUUGGACAUCCCUCUAAUAGGCCAGACUUACAUAAUUUUCUUAGCAAGGCUGAAGAAAGCCCAGUUUUCACCAGGUCCUGAAUCAUCAGAAUGCCGACUGUUUGCACUUGAUGAUAUACCUUUUGAUUCUCUGUCAUUCUCGUCAAUGGUAGUUACUUUAAAAUUGUAUGCUGAAGAUGUGAAGGCCGGGAAAGUUAAGUUCCACUAUGGAACCAUUAAUAAAAGGCCUGGCACAAGUCCUUCUGACAUUAAUGCCUAUACUUUGGAUCAUCAUAUGCAGUCCUGACAAGAUGGUUUCCGAACCCAGCUGGUCUGAUAAUUGGAGUUGAACUUUAAGCACAAUGGUGAAGUCGGGGGUUGUAAUCUAUGUUGAGAAAUGCAAGUCAGUAUCUCCAACUCCAGAAUCUGUUGUAUAGGCAUUCAUUCUCUUAUUCCGAAUUCCUCAUAGUGCCAAGUGAAUCAGCCACACAGUUGAUAUGCAUAAUUUCAGCACCUGAAGAGGAUGCUUCUACUUAUUCGUCAGUUGCGUGUCAAAUUCCUUCUCACGUAUAGAACCAAAUUGUAAUAACAUGGACCAGCUAUUCAAAAAUCAAUGAAAAUUUUUCUCCAUCAGCUAUCAGUUAUUUUCUUGUACAUAACAUAUAUUUGAUUACUCUAUAUGUAGCUGAUUCUCAUGUUCA